AUGUAUCGCGAGCGGCCGGGCCGAGAUAAUGGCCGGGCUGUGGUGCCUCUUCCCAGCUUGGAGCAGGAUGCUGUCUACCAAGAGGCGCUCAAAAUUGUGAGACAGCGAAGGGCCAAGAGAGCAGGCGAACGUCGUGCUGCACGAGCUGAAAAGGCUGAAAGCGCUGAAAGCCAGCAGCUUGAACCAGCAGGACAAGUGCCAAAGUACCUCCAGCUCUCGUGCAUUUUGAAGCCAAGCUCUGCGCAGGCCCCUGUCCCACCCAAGCGGCCGCGGCCGCGGCCACGGAAAGAGCCGCGAUCUUUGCCCUUGUCCUGGUUGGAGCUCCGCGACACGCUGGGCCUCACGGUGGUGGCGAGUUUGCAGCCAUUGCUGCUGAAGCUGUCCAGCGGGGAGCAUCGCUUACCCACAGGAGUAUGGCUGGUGCUUGAUCCCAGCACGGCACAGAAGCUCCCCCGGAGCCUGGAACCUGAGGACGUGGGUGAUUUGCCGUUGGGCACCCGGCCCUGCAACAGCAAGGCCUGGGUUGCGGAGAAAUCGGUGCCUUUGUUGCAGCUGUUGGAGGAGGAGCAGCUUACCUGGAGCGCUGCUGAGGCAAACUUUGCCAAAUGUGCGCGGGGCGCUUGUUUUUUAGCCUUGAAGCAUGCAGGCUUUGUCCUCAAGGCGCUGGCAACAAAGGAGUGUAUCCAAGCCCAGCAGGAGGGGAUGGACCCCGAGAAACCCUUGGAGAGCACGUUGGAGGAGAUUGAUGCCAAGGUCAGUCGCGCCGCGGGCUUGGUGGGCUCCCGCGCCGCCGCCGAAUCCCGGCGCCGGCCCGGCGCCAGCCGCGGCAACGGCAACGGCUCGCCGCGGAAGGAGGCCGAGGUUGAGUCGUCUCCGCGACAAGCCUCAGCGCUGCGUCGAGGGGUGCAGGCACACAGAGACUUCGUCAACUUCGUUUGUCGCAAGUUCGGGAAUUCUCUGCGGCUUUGGUUCGUCAUCGAUCCAGAGGAGCAUCUCAAGAUCGGCGAGAAGCAGUUUGUGCGGGCCUGUGAGGAGAUUGGAUUCAGUGGCUGCCUCUUGACCUUGUGGCGCCAGUUGGAUCCGGACUGCACAGGCCACAUCUCCUUCCAUGACAUUGACCCGGUAGCUGCGCUCCAACUGGCAGACUUCAAGGUGCUGCUCAUGAAGCAGUUUGAUGGCGAAGUUCAGAAGUUUCUCAAGAUCGUGGAGAUGAAUCGGAGUCAACGUGUUGGAAGAGAUGCGUUCGUGAAGGCCUUGGAUGACACACUGCAGGGCGCACGGAGGCUUUUCGAUCUGCUCUGCCGACACAAUGGGUCCACCGUGUCAGCGAGAGAACUGCGAUUUCUCGAGAAGUGGUGGCCCCCGCCCUACUUCCUGGUGCCGCCAGACCGCGCCCGGCUACACCACUUCUGUGCGGUGCUGGGGGAUGCUGCUCAUGGCAAUCCACUGAAAGCCUGGUGCUGGGACCCAGGGAAUUCUUGGGGAAAGCGGGGGAG